GCCAACGCGAAAUGAGCAUAUGAUUACACUCUGAAGUCCAAACACACGUCGACGUUCAAGUGGACGGUCCAUACAUCUAUCUUUUCUAUAUACCUAAUAAGCACCUUCUCGCUCUCUGUUUUUAUUGAUAGAGUCGGUUGAGGUUUCUUCUAUGGUCGAUCUUAAUUUCCUAGCUCGAUCAAGAAGAAACCAGCAAAAUAUAAACACUUGAAUACUUUAUAAAGAUGAUGGGGGUGGUUCAAGAGUCGUCUAUACCGCCUGGUUUUAGGUUCCAUCCGACAGAUGAAGAGCUUGUUGGAUAUUACCUCAAGAAGAAAGUCGCAUCCCAAAGGAUUGAUCUCGAUGUUAUCAGAGAAAUUGAUCUUUACAAGAUCGAACCAUGGGAUUUACAAGAGAGAUGCAGGAUAGGGUACGAGGAGCAAAAGGAGUGGUACUUUUUCAGCCACAAAGACAAGAAGUAUCCGACUGGGACGAGGACAAACCGAGCCACCAUGGCUGGUUUCUGGAAAGCCACAGGACGGGACAAGGCCGUUUACCUCAACUCCAAACUAAUUGGUAUGAGAAAGACUCUCGUCUUUUACCGUGGUCGAGCUCCCAACGGCCAAAAAUCCGACUGGAUCAUCCAUGAAUACUACAGCCUCGAAUCCCACCAGAACGCUUCUCCGCAGGAAGAAGGAUGGGUAGUGUGUAGAGCAUUUAAGAAACGAACGACCGUCCCGACAAAAAGAAGACAAGUUUGGGAUCCAAACUGUUUCCUAUACGACGACGCUACCCUCUUGAAACCUCUCGACAAGAACGUCCUCAUCAAACAUAAUAGUACUGAUGAUGAUGAUAUAGCGGCCACACCGUUUAAGCAAGAACUACCCUCUGAGGCCAACCACAUCGUCGAUGAUGGGUUCUUUGGAUCUAUAUACCUAAAAUCCAUGGGGGAUGAUGAAUUAUCUCAGCUUCCUCAGCUAGAGAGCCCCUCUCUUGCCUCAGAGAAGUUGCCGGAACCAAUUCGCCGGGCGGGGGAAGAUGAUGGCGUUAGCGCCGAGAAGAGGAUGACGGAUUGGAGAGCUCUUGAUAAGUUCGUGGCAUCUCAAUUCUUGAUGAGUGGCGAAGAAUAAAAGGGUUUUUUUUUUGUGUGUGUGGGGGUGAUAGUAUAACCGUUCUAUGCAUUCAUGCAUGCAUGCAUACAUAAGAAACGUUGUCUCAUAAGGUGAGAUUAUAUUUUAUAUGAAUGAUCUUAAUAAAAAUUCAACGAAGGGAUAGAUUUUGGAUGGAUGCUUAGGAGGUGAGAGUGGGAUAAGAUAUAUAUAUAUAUAUAAUAACGCUCUACACUUACUGAGUUUUAAGUAUAAUGUAUGAG